AAUCCACUCUCUGUUAUUAUAAAUCCCUAUUUCCCUCCCUCCCUCUCUCUCUCUCUCUCUCUCUCUGUUUUUUCUUUAUUCAUUUCAAUUUGUCAAUUUCUUCAUCGCUUUCUGCAAAAUCCAAAAUCACUCUUCUCCUGAAAGAUGGGAGGCGGAAAGGACAAGUAUAAUGAUGAUGACAAAGGAAUUUUCUCACACCUUGCACAUGGGGUAGCUCAAGCUGCUCAUGGGGGGUACCCACCUGGGGCCUACCCUCCACCACCAGGGGCAUACCCUCCUCAUCAAGGCUACCCACAUGGGCAUGGUUACCCUCCACAAGCUGGUUACCCUCCACAAGCUGGUUAUCCUCCUGGUGGUUAUCACCCUUCUGGUUAUCCUCCUGCUGGUUAUCCUCCGGCUAGUUACCCUCCAGCUGGUUAUCCUGGUUCAUCACAUGUCCCAGGGUCUCAUGGGCACGGGCAUGGUGGUAUGGGUGCAUUGCUUGCUGGUGGUGCUGCUGCUGCGGCUGCUGCAUACGGGGCUCACCAUGUUUCCCAUGGCCACUAUGGACAUGGUCUUAUGCCCCACGGGAAAUUCAAGCACCAUGGCAAGUUCAAGCAUGGAAAGUUCGGCAAGCAUGGAAAAUUUAAGCGUGGAAAGUUUGGCAAGCUAUUCAAGAAGUGGAAGUGAUCUUAUGUAUGUACAAAUGUGAAUCUAAAUGUUGCUGCAUAUUGCUUCUUAAAUAAACCAUAUGGUUCAAUCAAUACUUGUUCUAACUCUUGUAUUCUUUUUUUAAUGUUUUAUUUUCUUUUACUUUGGCUAAGACGAAGAUAAGAGACUCCGUUUUAUAUUGGAAAAUAUUAACGGCAAAGCCCAAAAAUGCUUAGGAUAUUAUGUGUAAGCUUGGAUUUGCUGCAGCAAAAUGCAUUGACUAGUUCAUCCCUAU